AUGGCAGAAGCCAGAGUUUCUCAGGAUGAGUUCUUGUGUCCAGUGUGUCAGGAUCUCCUGAAGGAUCCAAAUCACAUCGAGCAACAUGAGAGUUGGUUUAAAGGAAAGAGACACAAUUUGACUGAUGCCACUGGACGAUGGCAGGAGAUGAUCUGCCAGAAACAUGAGAAGAUCCUCGAGGUUUUCUGUCGCACUGACCAGAAAUGUAUAUGUGUGCUGUGUACAAUUAAUGAACAUAAAAACCAUGACAUUGUUUCAGCUGCAGACCAGAGGACAGAGAAACAGAAGCAGCUGAAGGAGAUGCAGAAGAUGCUCCAGCAGAGAAUCCAGCUGAGAGAGAAAGAACUUCAGCAGCUGAGAGAGGCUGUGGAGUCUCAUAAGCGCUCUGCACAGACAGCAGUGGAGGACAGUGAGAGGAUCUUUACUGAGCUCAUCCGCUCCAUUGAGAGAAGCCGCUCUGAGCUGAUACGGCUGAUCAGAGAUCAGGAGAAGACUGCAGUGAGUCGAGCUGAAGGACGACUGGAGCGACUGGAGCAGGAGAUCAAUGAUCUGAGGAGGAGAGACGCUGAGCUAGAGCAGCUUUCACACACACAGGAUCACAUCCAGUUCCUGCAGAGUUUCCAGUCUCUCUCAGCACCUCCUGAAUCUACAGACGUAAAUGAUGAUCCCUUCAGUUCUCUUGUCUCUUUUGAUGAUCUGAGAGAAUCUGUCCAACGGCUGAAAGACAAACUGGAGGAUUUCUGCAAAGAGGAGCUCAAGAAGAUCUCAGACAGAGUAACAUUCACCAACAUUGUUCUCUGGACCAGGAACGACUUCCUACAAUAUUCCCAUCAGCUCACUCUGGAUCUGAACACAGUGAAUAAACGACUCCGUCUGUCUGAGAACAAGAGAGUGAUUACUAACACUGGCACAGAUCACCAGUAUACUGAUCAUCCAGACCGAUUUGAUGAGUGGUCACAGGUGUUGUGUAGAGAGAGUGUGUGUGGACACUGUUACUGGGAGAUUGAGUGGAGUGGAGAUGUGUAUAUAUCAGUGUCAUAUAAGAACAUCAGCAGGAAGGGAUAUGGUAAUGAGUGUUUGUUUGGAUAUAAUGAUCAGUCCUGGAGUUUGUUCUGCUCUCCCUCCAGAUACUCAUUCUGGCACAAUAACAUAGAUACUGCUCUCCCUGUGAAGUCCAUCAGCAGUAGAAUAGGAGUGUUUGUGGAUCACAGUGCAGGAACUCUGUCCUUCUACAGCGUCUCUGACACAAUGAGCCUCAUCCACACAGUCAAGACCACAUUCACUCAGCCGCUCUAUUCUGGGUUUUGGGUUUGUAUUGGAUCAUCAGUGAAACUGUGUUGAUGGAUCAGAAUAGACUGACAUUCUACUUAUAAUGUAGAG